AGCUGCAAACAGACACAGGGGCUUUCAUGCUAACUGUUAAUGUUCCUUUGUAAGCUGACAGCUUUAUUCUACCAUCACACGUUCGCGCAUUCACUGCACACGGUGAGUAAACCCAACGCUCCAGCCACACACGCUCACUGUUCUCAGUAACCACAUGUUCAACCACAUGUUACAGAACAAAGAAACACACUUCCCCCAGACAUGCACCCAGAAGGUGCACGCGCACACACACACACACACACACACACACACACACACACACACACACACACACACACGUAAUCAUUAGGCUCAGAGUUUGGAGAUGAUUUUUCUCAGUGAAUCCCUCACAAACAUGUUUUUUUUGUUAGUGUCAGAAUGAGGAUAUCUGUGGCACAUACUUACCUUUGUCUCAGGUCUGUCUAAAGCAAUAAAAUGUUUGAGUUCUGCAGAUUUGAAAUAUGACUUUGAGCCUAACUCUUUAUUUUUAAUUUAAAAUUCAAAAAUCAAACCUGCAGAUCUGCAAGAGAUGAAGCAGUUAGACCAAAGUGAAUCAAAGAAAAGUGAAAACUUGUUAGAAAUCCCACCAUCAGCCCCACAGACAGACACGUCUCUGUGAAAUGAUUUCUACUCAAACUGAGGCAGUGGUGAUGGAGAGACUGAUACACUGAGACGGUGAAUUUAAUGUGUUUGUAGCUGUGAACAUGAGAGACACACUGUACACUCAGACAUGAAGCUGUUACUGUUUUAUUGGAAACAUUUAUCUGCUUUUGAUGACUAGAAGCUUCUGCUUGAAAUGAACCUGCAGCAUCUGCAGCACACACCGGCUGAUGCAGGGCGAGUGGGCUCGGUGUCUUUGCCAACAAACUCCCACUUCCUCCUUUUAUUUUCAGUAAGUUAAAUAAGAAACACUGGUUGAGCCAGAAUAGUGUUUUUCAUAAUGACUUGUCUUUCCUACUAAAAUUAGCUCAGUGGUGUGAUUUCCUGUGUCAAACUGCUCCGUUAUUAGACACACAGACAGUGUAAAUGUGGACCGAGCUCGUAGAGCCUCGUGCAGCAGCCGUAACUUGAUGUGAUGGUUUCCUGUGUGACUUUAUCGGUCUCUCACAUCACUGCGGAGGAGUUUUGGCCCACUCUCUUUACAGCGUUGCUUCAGCUCAUUGAGGUUUGCAGCAAUAUUUAUGCACAGCUCUGUGAAGGUCCACCACAGCAUCUCACACUCUGACCGGACCACUGCAGCAGCUCCAUUCUUUCCUUUUUCAGCCGUUCUGCUGCAGAUCUGCUGCUGUGGUCGGGUCAUCGUUCUGCUGGUGACCCAGUUUGGUCCAAGCUUCAUCACUCCCACAUGGAGUACUGUCCAAGCAAAGCCCUGCACGAGCUGCAGCGUGUUCUGAGCUCAGCUGUUAGUCCUGAACAGUUUUUUGCAUCAGGCUGUAAAAAUGUUUAUUUCUGCUUCAUCACAGAUGUUUAUGGGGCCUGACUCCCUGCUGGAGCCUCGAGUGGUUCUUUCUCUCUGAGGCAGACACAGUUUGUUUUAGUUUCAAUAGCGAGCAUGAAACUGAUGAGUCACUCAGAGAGUUAUUAAUUAGCUCCUGAGUAUUUCCAGCUUUUAAAUCCACGAUCAGCUUCACCCGCAUAAACCACAAAAGAGUCAAACUGCAGUAAACGCGCAUAUAAAGAUUUUUAUUAUUAUUGAUUAGAAUAGAAUGAGUGCUGUAGAGGCUGUUACGGAGGUGCUGUCCUGACUGCUGAGACUGAGUGUGCUCUCUCUGCUGUCCGAUCUCAAUAAAAGCUAAAAGUGUUUUGUACAUUGCUGAUGCUGCGUUUGUGUCCAGCUUCAGUGUUUGUCUAUGUUUUAUUGAAUUCUGUUAUCUAAUUUAUACAGAUAACUUUAACAAAAGUGGAGACGGGUGUUGGUGGCUGAGCCAACAGUUGUAGAGCUCCUCUCAUCCAAUCAGAAGGCUUCACGGCUCGCCGCUCGCCUCCUGACUUGGAGUCGAGCACUCCUGGUUCCACACCGAUGGAUGAAGAAGUGUUUUUCAGCAGGGCCUCCUCAUGGUGACUCAGCAGCUGUGCAGCUUUAUAAGGAGGCAGCGGACCUCGGUCUGUCACCACGGAGACGAUGGCCCGGCUGCUCUGCAUUGCCUGCAUCCUGGUCUGCUGCCCCACGCUGCUGCAGGGCAAAGCUUCAGAGUACCAGCUGGAGUCAGAGACACUGAGCCAAUGUGAGCUGCUAAGAGGCGACGCUGUUGCCAAAGAGCAAGAUGAGAUCCCUCACUGCACUGAGGACGGCAGGUUCAGACCUGUGCAGUGCAGUGGGCGGGGUCAGGAGUGUUGGUGUGUCGACGCUGACGGUCGGGAGGUCACUGGGACUCGAACCAGCGGCUCAGCUCCUCACUGUCCGUCUCCCUGCCAGCUGCAGGCCGCCCUGCGGUGUUCACCUUCAGGCCUCUUUGAGCCAGUUCAGUGUGACUCCAGCAGGGGGCAGUGCUGGUGUGUGGAUCAGGACGGCAUGGAGCUCUACGGGACCAGACAAGACGGGAGACCCCGCCGCUGUCCCGGCGGCUGUGAGGUGAGGUCCAGGCGGCUCCUUCACAGCCCCUCCAGGUCGUCUUCUCCUCCUCAGUGUGCUGAAGAUGGCAGCUUCCUCCCAGUCCAGUGUAAAUUCAUCAACACCACAGACAGAACAGAGCUGGACCUGCUGCAUGCCUUCAACAGGUUUCCAGAAGCCUUUGAGACGUUCAGCAGCUUCAGGAAGUUUUUCCCGCUGGUUUCCUCCUACUGCUUCUGCUCAGACAGCCGAGGCCGAGAGCUGGAGAACACAGGUGUGGAGCUCCUCCUGUCUGAGGUGUACGACUCGGCCUUCUCCGGCCUUCGCUCCGGUCACUCCUUCUCUCAAACCAACAUCUACCGAGUCCUGCAGAGGAGGAUGCUGGGAGUCCGCCUCGCCCUCACCGGACGCUUCAGAUGUCCAUCUCCCUGUGAGGAGGAGCGGCGAGCAGCGAUGGAGGCGAACAGCGUAUUCAUCCCGUCCUGUGAGAGCGGAGGAGCCUUCGCCUCCAAACAGUGCCAGCAGGGGGGGCAGUGCUGGUGCGUUGACCCCACGGGGAGAGAGCUUCCUGGGACUCGGCAGCACGGAGACUCCCUGACCUGCAGUUCAGGUCCAGCUGACUGCCCUUCUCAGCGUCGUCUGGCUCUGUCCCGUCUCUUCUCUGGUCCCAUUGAGCCUCCUUUUCAGGCCUCCUCUGGUAGCCAUCCAGCCUCCUGUCUCUCCCUCCUCCAGCCUCUCAGGGACCUCCUCCCAGUAGAUUCUGACCCCACCUCCUUCCUGUCUCAGCUGGUCGAAAUCCUGCAUGGUUUGUUCCCCUCUGUGGGCGGGGCUCUGCAGGCUCUAACUCGCUCCUCCCCCCGGCGCUUCCAGGAGAACCUGUUUGGAGGGAAGUUCCUGAAGAACGCAGCAGCUUUUAACUUCAGUGGGGCGGUGGGAUCUCGGGGAGCUCUCGGUCUGGACCGGCCAUCCUCUCAGAUCGUUGCUGUCCGCCUGCAGAAGAAUCAGGACCUGGUCCAGUCUGUCAGCAGAGCCCUGGAGGACCCCGCCUUCCUCUCCGCCCUCCAGCAGACGCUGACGGGUCUCAGCAGCUCUCAGUCUGCCUCCGUGGAACAGGUCCUCGCUCCUCUGCUGCGCUCCUGCUCCACUGCUGCUGCUGCUGGUGAUGAUGAUGAUGAUGACAGGGUGGCCAUCUUUGUUCCCAGCUGCACACCGAGCGGUGCUUUCCAGGAGGUCCAGUGUCAGGGUGCAGAGUGCUGGUGUGUUGACCCUCAGGGGCAGGAGAUGAAGGGGUCUCGGACCGUCGCGCGACGACCUCGCUGUCCGUCCCCCUGUGAGAGAGCGCGGGCAGCGGCCCUCGAGGUGAGAUCGAACAUGGCGGCCGGUGCUGAAAUCCACAUCCCGGCGUGCUCACAGGACGGAGACUUCCUGCCGCUGCAGUGCGUCGGCUCACGGUGCUUCUGUGUGGACGCUGAGGGGAAGAUGAUGACUGCCGGGCCAGCAGGGGGCGCUGUCACAUGUCCAGAGAAAAAAACACAGACGCUUCGAUCCUCUGCAGGUCGGUGCUCGCAGGCGUUGGCUGAGGUCGAGACCUUCAGACAGGAAGUGAAGAGCAUCGUCUCGCUCUCUAACUCCUCCCACAUCCCUCUGGGAUAUGGAUUCCUACUGGCCAAAGGUCUGCAUCUGACCCGUGAGGAAGUCCAGAUCAGCCAAUCAGAGGAGGAACUGCAAGUUUCUGAGACGCUACUGAAGCGCCCCAGAGCUGCUCUGCGAUUGGCUGCUUUCUCCACUGUUCAGAUGCUGCUGCCUCCUCAGCGUCGCUCGUACCAGCCGUUCACUCCUCAGUGUGACGCUGAUGGACGCUGGCUGCUCACGCAGUGUUACCACAGCACAGGUCAGUGUUGGUGUGUCGAUGAAGAUGGAGAGUACAUCUCUGAUUCUCUGACCAGCCGCUCGCUCAGCCUGCCCAGAUGUUUGACUCGCUGUCAGAGAGCAAAGGCUUGCUCCCUGCUCUCCGGUUGGAUGAAAGGCUCUGACAUCACCACUUCCUCACCUUACCACCCAACCUGUGAGCAGGACGGUCGUUUCUCGGUGCUGCAGACAGGGGGCGCUGCAGGCUGGUGUGUGAACCCUCUGACUGGAGAGACGAUACAAACGGCAACACCAAACGCCACAGGACAGCUGACAUGUCCUAGCUGGUGUCAGCUACAAGGACUCCAGUGUCACCCUGAUGGCUCCUUCACUCCACUUCAGUGUGAUGUCACUUCCUGCUGGUGUGUGUCUGAGAAUGGAGAGGAAGUGGGCGGGACGAGAACAUCUCGACAGACAGGCCGCACGUCAUCAUGUGACCGUCCUCUGUGCCCCGCCCCCAUCAUUACUCAUGGUGCGCUGGUGUGCCGCCCACCAGCUGAUGGACGCCAGAGCUGUGACCUUGCUUGUUCCCAUGGUUACCAGAACUCACUUGCUGUCAGCAGCUUCCGGUGUGAGACUGCGAGUCGUAGGUGGGAUGGAGACCAGAAGCCACUGAGCGGAGCCUGUCAAAUCUCUCGGCCUCUGCAGUCCGUGUCCUCCUCGCAGCUCUGGGUGUUGCCCUCGUCCUGCUCUCAGAUCAGCCGGUUACAGUCUCUGCUGUUCAACACAAUGACCAGCAGGGGGCUCUGUUCUGCACAGCUUCCCUCGUCUGGCCGUGCUGUGUCGCUAUGUGACGACUCCUCGGUCACUCUGCAGUGUGACGGUGACGACUCGCUGAGGUUGAUGGUGAGAUGGAGUGCUGCUCUCUAUGACCUCCCGACCUCUGACCUCCCAGACCUCCAUGAUGUAGGUCUCUUCCUGAAUGAGUCCAGACUUCUGGAGGGACUUCAGGGAAUUCUGCGCUCCGUGUUACCAUCAGAGCCCAAACUGGUUUCUGUGACUACACCGAGCUUCGGCUGUUCCCGUGGUUACCAUCUGGACAGUGACGGCGAGGGCUGUGUCGUUUGUCCUGCUGGCAGUUUCUCCCAGGAGGGGGCGUGUCAUCUCUGUCCUCAGGGGACCUAUCAGGAUGAAGAGGGGCGGGACUUCUGCAACAGGUGUCCCACAGGGUCAUCACCUGCUGGAACAUCAUCUGUCAGAGAAUGUGUGACCGAGUGCCAGAGGCGGGGCCUGCGGUGUUCACAGCGAGGUGACUUCCUGCCAGCGCAGCCCGAUGUCCUCACGGGCAGGUGGAGGUGCUUCAACAGCGAGGGGGUGGAGCUCGAGUGGAGCAGCAGCGAAAAGGUUCUGACUGAUGAUGAGUGCUCAGUUCUCAGGAGGUUUCAACCUGUUCCCACAUCAGACCUGAUUGUUGGAGCUGCAGAUGCUGAAGUGCUGCAGACGAUGACCUCUGACCUCACUGCCUGUGUUCGGGCGUGUGCAGCACAGCCUUCCUGCCACCAUGUGGCGCUGUUCAACAGCCAGACUCAGUGUGAACUGUACAGCACACACAGCCUGAACACACACUGCAACACCUCCCAGCAGGCCAGUGGUUUUCUGGGUAAUGCUCAGGCUGAGCUGUUUGAUUCACUAAGCUGCUAUCUGAGAGUGAGGGGCGGAGCUUCAGAUCUGCUGGUCAUCAGGAAGAAAGGUGCAGAGUUUUCCUCGCAGCAGCAGCAGCAGCACAGUUUUGUGAGGAUGAGGAUGAUGAAGGCGGUCUCAGGUGUGUUCAGGACUCAGGUGUUCUCCUCCAGGCGGACCUCGCUUUCCGACGCUCAUCGUUUCUGUCAGGACGGCUGCAGCCACGACACCUGCUGCGACGGAUUCAUCCUCAACCAGAACAGCCUGGAGGGAGGCUCCCUGCUCUGUGGCUGGUUGAGAGCUCCAUCAGUGCUGACGUGCGGGGACCAGGACUGGGAUGUGAUUGGUCAGGGAGCGGCCAAACGCACUUGCGGGGCGGGGCUUACCUACAACGAGCAGCAGCGCAGUUUCGUGUUUGACUUUGGAGGACAAAAGUUCACCAUCACUGAUUCUGCUCUGCCAGCUGACAGCAAGAACAAGAAGGACUAUCAGGCUUCCAUCAUCAGCUUCCAAGCCAUCUACCUGAACACUGCUUCGGCCGUCAGCGGUUCUGGUUCUUCUUCGUGUGCUGCAGCUGAGCUCAGCCCUCCUCUGGACGCUUCAGUUCAGCUGAAGUUUGAGACUCUGUCUGAGGACGACGUUCUCGUGGAUCCUCAGAGGAAGCUCCCCGCUCUCUCCUUCUGGCUCAACAAGAACAACUACAACUCCCAGCAGGCACAGCUCUGGUGUCUCACACGUUGUGAAGAAGAGCCGCAGUGCUCGGUUGCUGACCUCAGAGAUGCAGACUCGACGGGUUUCUUCAGCUGCUCAUUGUAUCCGGACAGCAGAGUUUGUGGAGCUUACGAUAAACCUCUGAGACGACCCUGCCGCCCCCUGCUGGACAGAGUGCCCGAUAACACCUACAGCAAGAAGGUGGAUCUGUCUGGACCGGUGAAGAGUUUCUAUGAGAGAGUUUCCUUCAAGAAGAUGGUUUCUUACUCCGUACGCAGCCGAGUCAGCCUGAGAGAAAACACACCGCUGUCUGAGGGGUUCAUGGAGUGCGAGCGCCGUUGUGACGAGGAUCCCUGCUGCCGUGGCGUCGGCUUUGUCCGUGACACCAAAUCCAGAGGAGGUUCUGAUGUGGUGUGUUUAGCUCUGAUUAGUCUGGGGGUUCAGACCUGCAGUGAAGACGACGUGACGACCUGGAGGACUCAGGACUGCAGACCGUCAGCAGUGAAGACCACACCGGACCCCUUUGGCUGGUACCAGAAACCCGUGAAUCAGUGGAGUUCGUCUCCUGCUCUCUGUCCCCCGUUCAGCCUGCCACCGACCAAAACCAACGUUUCGCUGGACGACUGGAGUCUCCUCCCCGACUCUUCAGUCCUUGUCGACCCGUCUCUCUCUACCUAUGAUGUCAUCCACGUGAGCCGUGAUAUUGCCGAUGACAGAGAUAUGACCAGGAACUGGUGUCUCCAUGUCUGCCAGGAGGCGGAGUCUUGUGCAGCAGUAUCACUCAGUGAGGUGGAGUCCGCCACGCGCUGCGUCCUGUACCCUGACACGACAGUCUGUGGCCUAAGCUCCGCCCCUGAAUCCCCCACCUCAUCUUCCUGUCGACUGGUCGUGAGAGAGCCCGCCCCCCAGGUGUACCUGAGACGCGGUGUUUUCUCAGAGCCGUCACGCACGUCCGUCUCUAUCCCGGGCCAGGGGGUUCUGCAAGGCAUUGCCGUGGAAACAGCACUGGCAUCAGACAGGAGGACAGUCAUUCAGUUCCUCGGAGUCCCGUACGCUCGUCCACCAAUAGGAUCGCUCCGUUUUGAAGCAGCUCAGCCGGCUGAGUGGAUGGGAACCUGGGACGCCACCAAACCACGCCCCAGCUGCAUCCAGCCUGGUGACGUAGCCUCUGCAGCCUCCAGUGAGGACUGUCUCUACCUCAACAUCUUCACUCCUGACCUGAGGGGGCGUGUUCCAGUCCUGGUUUUCUUCUUCAACCCUACGGCCAAUGAGAACCCAGGACUGUUGGAUGGCUCCACCCUCGCUGCUGUGGGUAAUAUCGUCGUGGUAACAGCGAGUUACCGGACGGCGGCGCUGGGAUUCCUGAGCACAGGUGAGUCUGGUCUCCGUGGUAACUACGGCCUCUCGGACCAGGAGUCAGCGCUACGCUGGGUCAAAGACCACAUCUCACUGAUGGGCGGAGACAACAGCAGAGUGACGGUGGGGGCGGAGCGUGGUGGUGCUGACAUCACCAGCCUUCACCUCCUGUCUUCGUCUCGUCCUCUGUUCCAGAGGAUGAUGCUGAUGGGCGGAUCAGCGUUUUCUCCAUCACUGGUUCAGACUCCGUCCACCUCCAGACGUCAGGCCCUCGAUCUGGCCAAAGAGCUCGGCUGUGUGACCUCUGACCUCGCGGCCUGCCUCAGAGCGUCUUCUGUCCACACGCUCAACGCCGCUCAGACAAAGCUGUUGGCGGUCAGCGGGCCGUUUCAGUCCUGGUCUCCGGUCCGUCAGACCAUCACUCGGUCGUCCUUCCACAGAGUGGACCUGCUGCUGGGAACAUCAGAGCACGACGGUCUGAUCAGCCGUGCUCGCAAGAUAAAGGACUUUGAGUCUCUGCAGGGCCGAGCUGACAGCAAGACGGCAUUUUACCAGGCUCUGAGCCGCUCACUGGGCGGAGCCACGGGACAUGAGCUGCUGAAGGAGGCGGCGGCGUGGUUCUACUCGCUGGAUCACAGUCCCUCAGCUGCUGGAUACAACCUGUUCUCCAGAGCGCUCAACAACGCCACCAGAGAUCUGUUCAUCAUCUGUCCCACGCUCCAGAUGGCGAGCCACUGGGCGGAGAACAGAGCUAACGUCUUCCUGUACCACCAACCGGCCUCCAGCGCUCACGACAGGGCCGACAUGUACCUUCCUCUGGACGUUCAGCUCGCCUUCGGGACUCCUCAUCAUCCAAUGAGCUCUCAGCGCUUCACCUCCUCUGAUCGGCGCCUCUCUCUUGCCUUGAUGACCUACGUCUCCAGCUUCAUACGGAGCGGGAACCCAAACCCAUCCCGAUCGUGGGCGGAGUCACUUCUGCCCCGCUGGCUGCCAGUGCUGUCCUCAGAGGCUCCGCCCACCUACCUGGAGCUAAGCACCAACCUCCAUCAUCAGCGAGGUUUGAGUCAGAGCUCCUGCUCGUUCUGGACCCAACUGGCACCCAAACUGACGAGUCUGACAGGUGCAUCGGGGGCGGAGCCUGUUCAGCCUGCGCUGACCUCUGAACUCCCGGUGGCUGCUCCAUCCAGCCAAUCCCAGACUGAGAAAGAUGCCUACAGCUAAACUAAUGACAUCAUCACGCGCUUAGGGGACUUCAUGCAGCUUCAUCUCCCAUAAUUCACCUUGAUUCAGAUGGUUGCUGUUGAUCAGUUUUGCUCAUAAUCAUUAAUAAAAAGCAUCUUAAACUCUCAGCUGUGCUUCUCGUUUAAUCAGGGUUCAGGGUUGAGUUGCUGUACAAUCAUCCAGCUUUGUUCAGUGUGAGGUUUGGAUCAGGGAGACUUCCAGGACGGUUACUGUGAAGCAAGUUUGUGAGAGCUGGUUUAACAAAACCGUGGCCAUCACCAUGGUGGCUUUUAGCAUCCUACAUUUCACUAAAAGCAUAAAAAAUAUGUGACAAAUAAAGCGAAAGCCUGUUCGAAGAAGCAUCAAAGAUACGCACGCACACACACACACACACACGCACGCACGCACACA